AUGGAGGAAAGCACUUCUAUAACAGAGAACGCACUUAUGGAAAGAAUCCAAAAAUUCUUUGACGAGUUUCAUCUAUCUGCACUUCAAAGGGCUGGAGCUUUAAAAUUCAUAAAAGAAAAAAUUUCAAAUCCAGAUGACCAAAGUGUCAAUCAUAUUAGAGAAUGAAUACUAGCAAAGCUUAAUAACAAGCGUAUUCCUCCUAUAGCACCAAUGCAAAGAGGAUGCCCAGAAAUUAUACCAGGACUUCGUGCUCAGCCUUGGUGGGAUGCUAAUGAUUUUCCAUGGGUUAGAGACAUAGAAGCCAAUUAUGAGCUUAUAAAAGCUGAAUUGCUAAGUUUAUAUCAAAAAGGUGGGUUUCAGCCUUAUAGAGGCCCAUCUUGGGCAGUAGGCGUUCCUUCACAAGACGUAGGCACUCAAAGCCAUACCUCAGGAGAUUGGAAUGUAUUUUACUUAUACCUUCAUGGGAUGACUUUUGAUGAAAAUCUUGCAAAAUGCCCAGAAACAGUAAGAGUCAUUAAUGAUUUAAUACCUAGGCAUUAUGAGCAUGCUUUUUUUUCAGCACUGAAUCCAGGCACUCAUGUAUUGCCUCAUCAUGGCCCGACGAAUAAAAAACUUAGACUUCAUUUGCCAAUUAUUGAUCUUUCAGGGACAAGAUUAAGAGCUGCAGAAGAAACUAGGACAUUUGAAGAAGGAAAAGUCGCGAUUUUUGAUGAUUCUUUUGAACAUGAAGCUUGGCAUGAAGGGACGACUACAAGGGUAAAUUUGAUUAUUGAUUUUUGGCAUCCUGAUUUAAGUGAUGCUGAGGUAAAAUUUUUAAAAAUUUUACAAAAUUCGAAAAUCAGGGCUGAAAAAGAAAUUACAUCAAAUGAAGAAGAUACUUUUUAUUCUGUAAUAGAAAGAGCUAAAGAGAUCAGGCCUGGGGAUAACUCUUGGUGGUGCCUUUCAGAAGAAAAUGAAAGAGCAUUAAUUAAUGCUGGGAGUCAGGAAGAAAAUUAA